AAGAGCUGCUUUUUUCUUUUUCUUUUUCAGCUUAAUGACAAAAAACAACUAGAAGAAAAAUAACCUACACAAUUUAUCAUGGCUAUUCAGAGUUUACUAGACGAACAAAAAAAAAAUGAUGAAGAAAAUUUAAGUGAUUUAAAAGAAAUUAAAGAUAUAAAAGAUCAAGAAAGUCAACAAAAUAGCAAAGAUGAAGAAGAAUUUGAAAUUGAACAAGAAAACAACUCAAAUAAUAAUCAUAAAACAAUCUUUUCGUGGAAUGAAGAUAAUGAUCAAGAUAAUCCUAGAAACUGGAUCCAUAAAAGAAAACUAAAUACAAUUAUUAUUUCAAGUGCAUAUACAUUUCUUUCACCAGCUUGCUCAUCAAUGUUAUCCCCAGCUAUUUCAGAUAUUUCAGUUGAAUUUAAUAUUCAAGAGGAUGUUAUUAAAUCCUUGUUGGUUUCUAUAUUUAUUUUGCCUUGGGCAUUUGUUCCAUUGUUUAUGUCACCAAUUUCAGAGAUGUAUGGUAGAAAAAAACUUUUAAAUUACUCGAUUUGGUUUAUGUUUUGCUUCAAUCUUGGUUGUGCUUUAAGUAAAAAUACCACACAAUUAAUUGUAUUUAGAUUUUUAGCAGGAUGUGGUGGAGCAGCACCAUUAGCAGUUGGAGCAGGUGUAAUCGGCGAUUUAUUUUCAGCUAGAGAAAGAAAUUUUUGGGGUUGUAUCUAUGCAAUUGGCCCAAUUUCAGGUCCCACUAUUAGUCCAAUUUUAUCGGGAUUUAUUGUUCAAUAUACAGAUUGGAGAUGGGUUUUUUGGGUUCAAUUAAUUAUUAAUGGUAUAGCUGGAAUAAUUGGAAGCUUUUUCUUGGAGGAAACAUAUGCACCAGUAAUUUUGAAAGAAAAAUUAUUAAAUUUCAUAAAAGAAAACAAAGAUUUUAUUGAUGUGACUAAAGAGUUUAAAACAAUAUAUGAGAUAAAUCAACUGAAUGACAAAAAGCACUUGUUUUAUUUCAACAUUAUGAGACCAUUUAAACUUUUGUUUUUGCAUCCUAUUAUUAUUGGGCUAGGUAUUUAUAUGGCUAUAAUGUAUGGGUUGAUGUAUUUAAUGAUUUGCACAUUUCCAAACGUUUGGGGUAAUAUUUAUGGUUUCAAUAAAAGCAUUUCAGGAUUAAUGUUUUUUGCAUUAGCAAUAGGAUAUAUUGGUGGAUUACCAAUUUGGAAUUACAUUAUUAGCAAAGAUUAUGAAAGAAAAAUUAAAGAAAAUAAUAAUCAAAUACCAAAACCUGAAGCAAGAUUGAAAUAUCUAUACUGGUCAGGUAUUAUAUCGCCAACUUCAUUAUUAAUUUAUGGAUGGAUGAUUGAGAAGAAAUACCAUUGGGUUUUGCCAGCAAUAUUUUGUUCAACUUUUGCAUUCGCAAUAAUUUGCAUGUUUCAAACAAUCUCGAGUUAUUUAAUUGAUAUGAACCCGAGAUUUGCAGCAUCAUCAAUAGCAGCAGCAACUUUUCUAAGAUCAGUUUUCGGUUUUACCUUUCCAUUAUUUGUAAACUAUAUGUUUAGAUCAAAAUUGAAAUAUGGAUGGAGCAACACAAUAUUUAGUUUGAUUGGAUUUAUGUUUGGAAUACCAUUUCCCAUUUUUGUGUAUAAAAGAGGCGAAAGACUAAGAGAAUGGGCUAAUAGGUAUAUAGAAAGUUGGUAAAGACCUAUAUUUAAUUAAAUAUAUUGGCAUUUUUUUUCAGUUAUUACUAUUUAUUUUAUAUAUAUGACAAUAGAAAUUCAGAGGCUUAAUAAAGUGGGUUCGUUUCCGUCUAUUGUUGUUGUUUAUA